GUGCGCGUUCGCCCGAGUGCGGCGUUAGUUUCUUUGUUUUGGUUUUUGUCUUCUCUCUUCCCCUCGUCAUAUCUUUCGCAGAAGUUCUAUCUAAUGCAACGGUGCAUUCGAAUUGUUGGCGUUGCCGCAUGUCGCUGCGCAUUUCGUCGCUUACGACAGGUGGGAGCGGCCCGCCACACCUUUGUAGAUGGACAGGGCUUCGUGCUCGGAGCUGCUGCGUCUUUUCCUCUCGCCACCUCUUCGCGACGUCAAGCGACGGCGCCGGAUAAGCGCUUCCACUGCAGUGUCUGCAAAAAAGCUUUCCGGUUGGAGAUGGCGGCGAAGCUGCAUCUGCAGCAGGUGCACAGCGGUGAGGGCGCGGUGGAGGCUGGCGCCGGGCCCGGGCAGCCGGAGGAGCAGACAACGCAGACUCCGGUAGGCGUCUUCCGCAACACCCCCCCUCAAGCGCCUACCGUUGUGACGCCUGUGCAACCCGAUCUCUACGAGCGUCCUGCGCGUCGCGAAAAACCGGCGCCAAAGCCGCUGCACCAGGCAGAGCGGGAGGUGCCCAGCUUGGUGAUGGAGAAGAUGCUCUCUAUGUGGGACGAUAUUGGUGUGAAGCGAAUGGGAAACCAGUUUGUGCACAGCUCCAUGGUGAUGCGCGUCUUCGCCGCCCGCCCGUCCGACUACGCCGAGCCACUCUACGGGGUAGUGAACCCGGAAGGUGAGAACCCGUUUGAAAGCGGCGGGUCAGCGGUGGACAGCUCCGCUUACCCUGCAGAGGCGGAUGAGCGCAACAUUUUCAGCCUCAGCAUGUCCGAUGCGUUUGUGAUGGCCACCGCGGUGUCUUUCGGUCCUUGCCACCCGGCGAAAUGCCCCAACCCCUUUCGCAUGAAGUUCACAAGGGAGGCGAGCAAGGUUGCUCCAAAGGCCGAAGUCGCGGACCAGCAGACAGCCCCGGUCACCCCUUUUGGCCAACUCCCCUUGUUCGGCCAACUUCGAUCACCGAUGCCACCGCAGGAGACCGCUGAACCCGUCGCCGUCGCGCCAGAGAGCAGCGCUACGCUCGUCUCGUCGCCGUUUAAGUCCAGCAUCGACAAUUCGCCUUUUUCGGGCGCCGCAACAACCCCGUUUUCUGACGUCGGGUAUUCGCCCUUUGCCUCUGCGGAAGAGACGCCUGCGCCAGCUGCCCCCAUGCCGGAGGAUGCGGCAGCAACGGCUGCAGCAGCGCCCGCGGCCAUUCCCUCUCCCUUUCUCUCCGCCGCCAACGCCCCGUCGUCGCCCUUCGCGGCGGCUGCGAGCCCUUUUGCUGCCUCUCCUUUCCCCGCUCCCGACGCCCAAGUGCCAGGUGGAGGUUUGGCCGGUGCUGAUGCCCGCUUUGUGUCCACCGCCGAUGCGUACUCCUCUACCAUGCCCGCUGCGGCCGCGACGGAGGUGCCGUCGGUGCACGUGUGUUCCGUGUGUGAAAAGAGAUUUUCCACGCACGAGGGACUCCGCAUGCACAGCAAAGCGAAACACUCCCUCGACCUCCCCAAGGAGAAGGAUCAGCGACGGCGGAAGAGCGUGCCGGACUUGCCUGCGUACAUACCCAGUCCGGUGGACCUUUCGAUGACAUCGCCGUUUGGCUCGUCCACGCAGACCACGGCGUGGUCAGAGGUGGAGCUGACACCGUGUGCGCAGUCCAUGAGCAACAUCACUGUCGCUGGCAGGAUUGUGGACAGCGACGCGUUGCAAGACGGAAGCGUGCUGUUGACGGUGUUCGUGCGCGAAUUUGUCACCGGGGGCGGUGAGAUGAUCACCGUCCGCUGCUCGGCAGAAGCAAUGAAGGCUGUUAGCAGUUCUUUUCGACGUGGCGAGUACGUGUUUGCGUGCGGCAGUCUGCGCCUCUUGCCCGUCGUGGACGAGACGACGAAGAAGAUGUUUGCCUCUCCCGUGGUCUACGUCACGUCUCCCACCGGAGUCGUGGCCAAGCUGAAUUCUUCCUAG